UUCGGUGUAAGCACAUAUGUGCCGAAGAGACUCCCAAAACAAUUCUACAUUAUCCGGAACUUCACCAUCCUACAAUUCGAGCACUCCCCGCCACAACCGCACUUCCCAACUACCAAGUUCUAACCGCCAUCAACUGAAAUUCUGCGCAAAGAAAAAGAAAUCUUGAAACUCCAUCUAUACCCGGUUGUCUCUCUCAAUUAUAUUCUAAUCCAUGGCGAUUUCAUUACCAGUGAACUUCAGUUGCAACACUCCAGUAAACCAGAGCCCCCAAUCUUCUUCAUCAUACUCAACGACAUUAGUUUCGUUUCCUUUCAUACCUUCCCUUCAAACUCUCUCAAAAUAUCACAUUUGCUUCGCGUUAUCUUCCUCUAAAAUAGAAGGCAGUGGUGGCUUCGAGCAGAGAGAGGAGGCACGGUGGCUCCGGGAGGAGCAGCGGUGGCUCAGGGAGGAGCAGCGGUGGCUUCGAGAAGAGAUCCGGUGGAAUGCAGAGCGAGAAGCUCUCUUGAGAGAAGUUCAGAUCCUGCAGCAUCAAAUUCAGAAUGCAGAGCGAGAAGCUCUCUUGAGAGAAGUUCAGAUCCUGCAGCAUCAAAUUCAGGAGCUCAAAAGUUGGAGUUCAUUGCCGGAAGCUUCGGUCUCCAGCAUGACACCUCAUGAAGUCCAGUUGUUGGAAGAAGUGAAUGAUGAGGGGUCGGCAACCAAUUUAAAUACCGCCGAAGCAAUGCCGUUGGUCACGGAGGCAGCAAAGGAAAACGAGGAAGUUGUUGUAAAGGAAACUGUUAAAGACGUGGAGGAAGAGGCCAUAGAAGCGAAGAGGGAAAUUUUGAGGAAGGGAUCUGAAGGAGAUGAUGUUCGUCUCAUGCAGGAGGCACUGCUAAAGCUGGGAUUUUACUGUGGUGAGGAGGAAAUGGAGUACUCUACUUUUUCUACUGGAACAGAGCAUGCUGUAAAAACGUGGCAGGCCUCAUUUGGAGCCCCAGAAGAUGGCAUUAUGACUUCAGAACUUCUUGAGAGGCUAUUCGUGCAACAAAAAAUUGUGAACUCUAACUUGAGAUUGAAAGGCAAUCCAGAGCAACAUGUUCUGGAAUCUUCAAAGGUGUGUGCAAAUGGAGCACCAAUUGCUUCUAUAAUGGGAAUAUCAGAAUUUGAGCAAAAAGUCAUCAAAGGGGACAUGGAAACUGAUGUGACCCAGCGUAGAGUGUUCCUACUUGGAGAGAACCAGUGGGAAGAACCAUCCAGCUGGCUUAAGGGAAACACACAAUCAGCUGCAACCAAGAGUUCAAGUGACAUGACAACAAGAAAGUGUCUCACUUGCCACGGUGAUGGCCACUUAAUAUGCAUGGACUGUUAUGGAACUGGCGAGCCAAAUAUUGAGCCUCAGUUUAUGGAAUGGGUGGGCGAAGGAGCAAAGUGUCCAUAUUGUGAAGGUUUUGGAUUUGUAACUUGUGAUGUAUGUGAAGGUAAAAAGGUAGUCAAUGCAUGAUAUAUGUACUCUUCUGUACAUGCAUCCUUGCAUCCCAUCUUUUAUUCUCCAUUUUCUGUCCUGUCGCAAUAUGUUUUUAUUGUAGUGAGCAGAUAGAUGGGCAGCUAAGUGAAUAUAUGUAUGUGCAUUCUCGUUUUCAUUUACAUAGACAAUAAAAGAGUACACUACAUGGUUGCACUUGGAUGGUUGCCUCAUUUUCACAUUUUUACUACAUGGUACUAGACUACUAGUAAACUUUUCAGGUUGCAGAUCUUGAUCACUGAACUAGCAAAGGCAAGAAACUUUUUUUUCUUCUAAUAAUCGGCUUUAUCAUGUGAUUCAUGUCAUAAAUCUGACAAACAGGCGGAACUAAAAGCUCCGCUAGACCGUAAGCCAUUAUUUAGACCUCAAACUGAAUCACAAAAAACGCCACACCGUUUUCGGUGUGGCGUUUGGUAGUUGGUGCCAACUCUUAAAUGUCAAUGCUUUUAGUAUCAUAUCAAAUUGAUAGUUAUUGUAUGUUUUUGUUAUGCGGAGUAAGGAUGUUUUUACUUGUAAUCGGUCCCAGACCAGAACAAAUCAGACCAAACGUGGAUAGUUAUAAAAAUACAAAGAGACCAGACAUUACCAGACCAUCAAAUUAUAGUCUAAGUAAAAACAUCCUAUUGAAGACUGCAUCAUAUUGUCGUCUAAUUGGUGACAAACCUCUAUAAAAUGUAUCUUUAUAGACAAUGAGGUGUAGUAAUUAGUAAUUGUGAUGAUGAUGGUGAUGAUGAUUCAAUCUUACUUGUAUCCUUUCUUUGUGAUGUACCUAAAAGAGUAGAUCUUCAUACUCCUUAUUUCUUAGGGAAAUUUUCUAGGAUAUGACAAAAAUAUAUUGAGUAUCUCUAAAUAUGACUAUGUUUAUUUUUAGACAUUCAUUCAACUGAAAAACAAGACAAAGAUUAUUGUCAUAUUAAAAUGUUGAUGGACGAAAAUAACUUAAUUAAAAAAAGGUGCAUUUUACAUUGCUUGAGUACUUUCGUUCAACUAAAUAUAUUACAUUUCAUGCACAACAUUAUUGCACUCCAUGUCAGAAUCAUUGCAUUAUUUGCUAAAUUACUUCUUUACCCAGGCCACCCACGUUAGGAAUUUAUAGCUCUUUUUAAUUUUUUUUUAUAUUUGAUAACUUUAGUAUUCUAUGUUCAGUUAAAUAACUUCACUUUAUGUCGGCAUUACUGCUCUACAUUGCUGCACCAAUCACAACAUUAAUUUACUGCACAAGUUCAAUGCCAGCAAUUAUAGUGUCGAUGAGAGCAAGAAAGAAUGGAUCCCCUUGUCUGCCUGCUAGCUGAGGGUGCAAUACUCGUUCAUUGAGAUAGGUAGGGUCAUUCACCCCUAAUCGGUGAUCAGUGCCUUCCUCCUGACACCCCACCA